UGAUAUCAUUUAGUUUCGCCCGGGUUCUAAACGGAAGAGGAACUUUCCUGGAAAGUCUUUAGUUUUUGUUAAGUUUUCUCGAGGAAGACAUCGCUACUUGAACGAUGAGAGCAGCUGUUUUAAUUGGAUUUGUGUUAUCAACACUUAUGGUUAUUGGUGUACUCUCGAAUGAUAAGAAAUUUGUUUGCUACUACGGCUCGUGGGCAGUUUACAGAAAUGGAAAGGGAGCAUUUUCGGUGGACAAUAUCGAUCCAUUCCUGUGUACUCACCUGAUUUACUCAUUUGUCGGACUCAAUGUCAAUGGAACGAUACGCGUUCUAGAUCCCUGGAAUGAUCUGGAGGAGAACUGGGGACGAGGAGCUAUGAAACAAUUCAAUAAUUUGAAAAGAUACAACCCGAAGCUGAGGACAUUGGUUGCCAUUGGAGGUUGGAAUGAAGGUUCGAUGGUGUAUUCAGGGGUCGCCAAAAAUUCGGCUCUGCGUUCAAGACUAGCUAGGGACGCUGCCGAUUUCUGCCUGACACAUGGUUUCGAUGGUUUUGAUUUGGAUUGGGAAUAUCCGGGACAACGAGAUGGUGACCCUUCAGUUGAUCGGGAGAAUUUCAGUCUACUUUUGGCCGAAAUGAGGGAAGAGUUCGAUAAAAAAGGGCUGCUCCUAACUGCGGCCGUUGCUUCGACACAAACGUCCGCAUCCAUAUCGUACAACAUCCCGGAGGUUGCGAAGUUUGUGGACUUUAUCAAUGUGAUGGCAUACGAUCUGCAUGGUCCCUGGGAGCCAUUAACCGGUCAUAAUGCCCCUCUGCUACCGGGACCACACGAUAUAUCACCGCUACAGUACGAGCUUAACGUUGAAGCAGUUGUCCGCUUUUGGCUACAAAGUGGAGCUCCUGCGGAGAAGCUGGUUUUAGGACUGCCACUUUAUGGUAGAUCGUUUACACUGCGAUUUGACAACAACCACACCAUAGGUGCAGCCACCAGCGGCCCUGGGCAGGGUGGACAGUAUUCUUACGAGGCCGGAUUUUUGGGAUACAAUGAGGUUUGCGAGAAGCUUAUGUUUUCUAAAUGGAAUCGCUGUUGGGAUGACGAUCAGAAAGUUCCGUACGCGUACAGUGGUAAUCAGUGGGUUGGGUACGAUGAUGAGGAAAGUUUAACUUUGAAGGUCGACCUCAUCAAACAGUACGGACUAGCAGGAGCUAUGGUAUGGUCCAUCGAAACUGACGAUUUUCAUGGUUCAUGUGGUGAGAAAAAUGUUCUAUUGAAUACUAUUGCAAGAGAGUUGGAGUUAGUGCCGCCGCCUCCAACUCCGAGUACGACAACUGAAGGCUCAACACAAACGACCACAACUACUCCCGAUUCAACGACGACAACAUCAUCUACCGCAACGCCAACAACUACGGUGGAGUCUACUCAAACUGCUACUACCACCACUCCUGGGAGCACCUCUUCGACGACAAUUGAUCCGCAGCAAUGCCCCGGAAUCGGUUACUUCCGGGAUGCGCACGAUUGUUCCAAAUUCUACUACUGCGACGGAACGACGCGGUUCGAGUUCCGGUGUGCCAUCGGUUUGUACUUCGAUGAAACUAUCUUGGCGUGCAAUUGGGCGCACCUUGUGGACUGUAAGCCGUUGACUGAUUGAAUGAAUACAUAAUUUAGGUCUUAAUGAA